AUGACUCCCUCACGCCCACAGCCGGAGUACUCGAGUUUAGUACGAGACGUCCUCUUAGCAGGUCCUGCUGAUGGGCAGCAGAUCUUACAGGAUGCCCAAACCAACAACCUAUGGCAAGCCCUCUACACAGCUUCUAAAUCCUCGCCGUACGCUCUAGAAUGGCGUCAAGCUUUUGGGCGAGGGACUGUCUCAUACAGUGGCUCUACGUCGAUUCUUGGUGUUGCUGUGAAAAUGCUCAUAGAUUAUGCUGACAGCCAAGAACCAAAUCCCAGCCCAGAGACCAGCGAUGCCCUGAUCAAGCUGAUAGCAAACUGCUGUGCUGACAACAACCAGAAUCGCAGGCUAGUCCUGCAAGCAGGGGGUCUCUUGUCCCUUGUCAAGAUACUUGUCGAAGGUGAAGACUCAACCAUAGUCAUUCCUACAAUCUACAAUGUUUGCGCUGAUUUCGACGAGCCAGCUCACACCAAUUCGGAUCAUACUUCCGAAGACCACUUGCACGUCACCCUGGCGGAAGAACGUCUUGCAAGGGCUGAUGUUCCCUCCUUCAGCAUCUUUUCCGGCAUUCAAGCUCUCCUGAAGCCUUAUGUCGUGCUUGAUUGUGAGGAUGGCAUCAAAGAAUAUCUGGCUGAAUUGGUUGAAAUGGCAGCGAGGCCUGCUGCUGCUCUAGAAGGAAAUUUCGAAGAGCGUGACUGUGACUAUGACCAAGCUAUUGAACGUUUGCUUGCUCUAGAUGGUGGCCAGUACGUGGCCGACUACUCCGCAAGAGCUCGUGCAAAUAUCGUAAGAUCGUUGUUCGCAAUCUCAGCUUCAAGUGCUGCUAAGACAUACCUUGCCUCAACGGGGUCAAUUUUCCAGUUUGCACUAGCAGCCGACACCCCAGAUCUCAUGCCUGGCUAUUAUGGCGAAGAUGAAGAGGAGCAGAAAGACAACAUCGAGACCAUGACGAAGUUGCAGACAACAAUGCUGAGCAUGGUCUAUGAGAUUUGUCGAAUGCCAGAGUUCACUGACCCUCCGAAAUAUGGUGUCGCUCGGCAGUCACUCGAUAUACUAUGCCAUUCCGUCAAUAUCAGCCCGUUUCAAGGCACGAUCGCAUACAUCAUGCUAUAUGCCUUCAUCAACAGUGACGCUAGAGCACACUUGUUAGCCACUGAAGAUCUCAUUCCUGCGCUUUUUCAUACACUGAAAUAUGAAACAGACAAGACUAUCAUUCAUCCCGCUUUGGCCGUCGCGACGAAGCUUGCUGUCACUUGGUCGUUGCGGAGACAUCUGUUCGGUAUGCGCUUCAUGCAGGCAGUUCACCACCUCCUGACACGCCAGGGUCUUGGUUACGAGAUUCCUACAAAUGCAGUCACUUUCUUGGAGCUCAUGAUUAAGGGUCAUCCCGAGCAUAUACCAGCAUUACUCGUCACCACACAGCACCACGACAGCAUCAUGAGUGACCUUUUCAAGCUCUUCGAUAAAGGCCAAGAUACGAUAUGUCUUGAAAUCGGAAGGCUCAUUGUCGAACUUUGCGCGACCAUAGCUCAGCAGACAUCCUCAGCUCCCACAUACUCAGAACUCUUCAACCUCGAUGCGAUCAUUCAGCUCUUCCCUCUAGACCAGUGGUCGAAGAUCUUCGGGUUCAUGGCCACAAAAGCCCAAAUUGCGGACCCACCUGUAGCACAGCGAGUAUGGUUUGCGCUAGGUUUGCUGUCUACUCUGAACGGAGGUAAGCAAGUUGUCCUGCAAGUUUUGCACAACACAGACGUCCAACAGACAGUGAGGAAUGUCAUGAGUCAGCCUGAAUCUUAUGCAGGCCAGAAUAUAAGAUUCAUGGUUCAUAACAUGAGAAACUCUGGGUCUGACUUGAAUACUGUGAUGAAUCAGUUGUCAUUGACCUAG